AUGCCUAUUGAGAAGAGUAUGAAACCAAUAAAUGGUGCCUGGUUUACUGAAGGAACUCAGGGUGACACUGGGAGAGAUCUACCACCAGUUGCUGUUAAUGGCAAUCAGUCGUCUAGUAAAUUAUUGCCUGCUGAAGAUAAUUCAAAAAGGAACGGGCACGCAAAUCCGGAUGAAGCAGAAGCGUGUAAUGGUGAAAAUAUGGGCGGUAAAUGCAAUCAUGACAACGCUCAGGAUUGCUGCAGUGAUAAAGAUGGUUCCGAGGAAGGAAACUUCAACGAUGUUUUGCCAGCACCGCCAGAUGGUGGUUAUGGAUGGGUAAUCGUAUUUGCCGCAUUCAUGUCAAAUUUUGUGGUUGAUGGUAUCGCUAAUUCAUUUGGUGCUUUCAUGAGUAUUUACCAGGACUAUUUCAAUGCAUCUAAGGCUUUGGUUUCGCUGAUUGGUUCCCUAUUGAUUGGUUGUUAUUUACUGAUCGGACCAGUUGCUGGUGGUUUGGUGAAUAAAUAUGGCGCUCGAAUGGUUGUCAUAAUUGGUUCCUUUGUGGCUGGUUUAUCGUUUUUAGCUUCAAUCUUUUGUUCGAGUAUCUACGUGUUUAUGAUUUUCUAUGGAUUUCUUGCUGGAACUGGUUUUGGACUCAUUUACCUUCCUUCAAUCGUUACUGUUGGUUAUUAUUUUGAGAAGAAACGUUCGAUUGCAACUGGCAUUGCUGUUGCUGGUUCAGGUGUUGGGACAUUUGUACUUCCACCUCUGUGCAUAGUCGUCAUCAAUCAGUUUGGGUGGAAAAUCGCUAUCUGUUCACUUGCUGCUCUGAGUUUUUCGAGCACUAUUUAUGGAUUACUAUACAGACCGUUGCAAGCACCCGCAAUUAAAAGAGGAAAGGAGAAUACGGAAACUGAUGUGGAAGAAUUGCUUCUGAAAUCAAAAGAGAAAAAAUGGGAAACAAAUGAUGAGGAAAGCAAAGAUAGUGCGACAGACGAGAAUAACCUUCAAAAGUUCAGGCGUGUACCUAAUACACAGAGUGAAAGUGAAACACACCAAUUUGACGAAGCGACUCUGUUGGCACCGGCUGUUGAAAACAUGACUAGCAAAAAUAGUGGUAUACAUAGUGAUUCAACUGAGCGGCUAUCAGCGAAAGCAAGAGAUCCGGAAGCAAGUAUAAAUAACAAGACUGCAUCGGCAACCGAUCUAAAAACGAAUCAUGGCAAUUUAGCUAAUGUUUUAAACAGAAUAUCAUUACUUAGUUUCGCACACUCGAUGAACCUUUUGUCGCAGUCGUCGCAAAUGAAGGGUGCUGAGUCGCUGUUGUCUGUUGCAAGCAGCAUUAAAGAGUUCAACAAACCACUAAGUCGACGAGAUAUAUUUUAUUCUGGUUCAAUCCGAAAUCUACCUGAAUUCAAGUCCGAAGGUAGUAAUUACCAGUCAUAUAGAGAAUCACAAAUCUCGAUCUCUGCAUCAGCUGUUGGCCAUGCAAUUGCUGGCGUGUCACAGGUAGACGAAAUUAGCGACACGCCUAAUAAAUUACAUAGUAAUCAUGGAGCUACUGGGGAAGAAGACGAACAGCUGGAUCAACUUGUCGAUUAUUAUACUGACAGGAGGUGUGAAUGCAUUCCAGUAAGUAUUCGCAAUGUUUUGAGUGAAAUGAUUGAUAUUUCGUUAUUGAAGGAACCAGCUAUGUUCUUACUUUGCAUAUCAAAUUUAUGUGGAAUGCUUGGGUUUUACGUGCCUUUUAUGUUUCUCAUUGAUAUGGCUGUUGCAAAAGGGCAUACCAAAGCUAGCGGUUCAUUACUUUUAUCAGUAAUCGGCAUUACCAACACCAUUGGCCGAAUAGCAUUUGGUUGGUUAGCGGAUCGUGGCUGGCUGUCAGCAUUAACAAUAAACAAUUUUGCAUUGCUUGGAUGUGGUGUGCUUACCUGUUUAUGUCCACUGUUUCCUGGCUAUGGGGGUCUCCUGGUUUACUCCAUUUUAUUUGGAUUCAUAAUCUCUGCAUAUAUUUCUCUUACAUCAAUCGUGUUGGUAGAUGAAUUAGGUUUGGAUCGAUUAACGAAUUCUUUCGGUCUAUUAGUUGUCAGCAGGGGUAUAGCAUCAUUAUUAGGAACACCUUUAGCAGGAAUUGUUUAUGAUAUGUUUGCCUCAUAUGAUGCGUCAUUUUAUUUUGCUGGUGUGAUUAUACUAUUGUCUGGUUUGAUUUCAUGCCUUAUUCCAGCCAUUCAUCGUUGUAGGCAUAAUGAAUUUGCGAAAGAAACCGUGGAAGAGGCUAGAAUGAUCGGUGAAGAAAUCCAAUCUGAAAAGCUCUCCGUGCUUAUGGAAUAUUCGGAAAGAAAUUUGAUGGGAUACCAAUGCACCAUAAAAUGUUUACCAGAACAACAGAGAUUGUUUGGUGAUUCGAGGGUUAUUCCAUUCGGGAAAACUGCAGACAGUGGAUGA